UAAUAUGAGUGGAUUAACCACCUCUGUUCAUUUACUGUAAUUGACCAAUCCCAGCGGUCCAAAUAUGCUAAGGUAGCGUGUUAAUUUCUACUCCUGCCAAACAAGAAACAAAGAACCAAGCUGAGAAAAAUCAAAAUUCUCUCUAGAAUCCCUCAUCAAGUUUUGUGAAGAUGAUGCACAUGACCCUCUACUGGGGCAAAAAGGUUACGAUCUUGUUUGAUUCAUGGAAAACCGAUUCAUGGACCAGCUAUUUGCUUUCUCUUCUUGCGUGCUUCCUCGUCUCCGUUUUCUACCAGUACAUGGAGAACCACCGCCUCAGAUUCAAGCUUCUUUCUGUCAAAACCCAAAAAUCUCCGCCAUCGUCCAAUGGGUCGGCUGCCCUCAACAGCCCUUUACUCUUAUCGAAGUUCGCCGGUGGAGGCGGCAAAUGGACUGCAGCGAGAUUUGCCGGGGCGAUCUUAUUUGGAGUCAACUCUGCGAUCGGAUACCUUUUGAUGCUGGCGAUCAUGUCUUUCAAUGCCGGAGUGUUUAUUGCAGUGGUGGUGGGGCUUGCAAUUGGGUACCUGGUUUUCAGGGGCGGCGAUGAGGACGUGGUGGUCGUAGAAGAUAAUUCAUGUGCUUGCUCUUGAAUCCUUGCAUAAAAUAAAAAAUCCUCUUCUUAGUGGGAUUUGAUCUUAGAUCUUGAAUCUGUUGAUCAUAUGUAAUGUAUUGUGAAAUGAAUAUUAGAUUUUAGGGUUGUGCUGUGGUGUACACAGCGUUAUCCUAUAUUUUAUUUCUACUUUUGGCAUUAGUUUGAGUGGAUCUGUGAUUUUAUCUUCUUGGGAUGUGGUAAUACGUGGAUUUCGUUUGCUCAUAGCUACUUCAGGGAUGGAAGAUUCUUUACUGAAAUUCUGAUAUUUCUACUACUUGGCAUAGCUAAAUAUCCUAUCAUGAAUGGACUGUUUUUUUCUUGUA